AUGUUUGGGAUUCAAGAUACGCUAGGAAGAGGACCAGCUCUGAAAGAAAAGUCGCUGGGCGCCGAGAUGGAUUCGGUCAGGUCCUGGGUCCGGAAUGUCGGCGUGGUGGACGCCAAUGUCGCGGCUCAGAGCGGAGUGGCCCUGUCCCGGGCCCACUUUGAAAAGCAACCUCCCUCUAACUUGAGGAAAUCCAACUUCUUUCAUUUUGUCCUGGCGCUCUACGACAGGCAGGGACAGCCGGUGGAGAUCGAGCGCACGGCCUUCGUGGACUUUGUGGAGAACGACAAAGAACAAGGCAAUGAGAAGACCAAUAAUGGCACCCAUUACAAGUUACAGCUCCUUUACAGCAACGGUGUCCGUACAGAACAAGAUCUCUACGUCAGGCUCAUUGACUCAGUCACCAAGCAGCCCAUAGCCUAUGAGGGGCAGAAUAAGAACCCAGAAAUGUGCCGGGUCCUGCUGACACAUGAGGUGAUGUGCAGCCGAUGCUGCGAGAAGAAGAGCUGCGGGAAUCGGAAUGAGACUCCAUCAGACCCUGUCAUCAUCGACAGAUUCUUUUUAAAAUUUUUCCUGAAGUGCAAUCAGAAUUGUUUGAAAACAGCAGGAAACCCAAGGGACAUGAGACGGUUCCAGGUCGUGUUGUCAACAACGGUAAAUGUAGACGGGCAUGUGCUGGCUGUGUCUGACAACAUGUUUGUACAUAACAACUCUAAGCACGGAAGGAGAGCAAGAAGGCUUGACCCGUCAGAAGCUACACCCUGCAUCAAAGCCAUCAGCCCAAGUGAAGGCUGGACCACAGGAGGAGCCAUGGUCAUCAUCAUUGGUGACAACUUCUUUGAUGGUCUCCAAGUUGUGUUUGGUACCAUGCUUGUAUGGAGUGAGCUUAUAACCCCCCACGCCAUCAGGGUGCAGACCCCUCCCCGGCACAUCCCUGGAGUUGUGGAGGUGACUCUCUCUUACAAAUCCAAACAGUUCUGCAAAGGAGCCCCGGGAAGGUUCAUUUACACAGCCUUAAAUGAACCCACUAUAGACUAUGGCUUCCAGAGACUGCAGAAAGUUAUCCCAAGGCACCCAGGGGACCCCGAGAGGUUAGCCAAGGAAAUGCUAUUGAAAAGAGCCGCGGACCUAGUGGAAGCCCUGUAUGGCACCCCCCACAAUAACCAGGACAUCAUUUUAAAGCGUGCUGCAGACAUUGCAGAAGCCCUGUACAGUGUCCCCAGGAACCCCAGUCAGAUUCCAGCUCUCUCCAGCUCCCCAGCUCACAGUGGUAUGAUGGGGAUCAACUCUUAUGGCAGCCAGCUCGGAGUCAGCAUCUCAGAGUCCACACAAGGAAAUAACCAAGUUGGAUACAUUCGCAACACAAGCAGCAUCUCCCCGCGGGGAUACUCCUCCAGCUCCACGCCUCAGCAAUCUAAUUACAGCACCUCCAGUAACAGCAUGAACGGCUACAGCAAUGUUCCUAUGGCCAACCUGGGUGUGCCAGGAUCACCAGGAUUUCUGAAUGGCUCACCCACAGGCUCUCCAUACGGAAUCAUGUCCUCAAGCCCCACCGUCGGAUCCUCCAGCACGUCCUCCAUCCUCCCGUUUUCCUCUUCAGUUUUUCCUGCUGUCAAGCAGAAGAGUGCCUUUGCCCCUGUCAUCAGGCCCCAAGGCUCCCCUUCGCCCGCCUGCUCCAGUGGCAAUGGGAAUGGAUUCAGAGCCAUGACAGGGCUUGUUGUACCCCCAAUGUAA